ACAGCCGGGGCUGCCCGUGGCCAAUGGGCGUGCUCCUCCGCGACGGUCGGAAGUGGUGAGGCGGCCCUGGGGGCCGUUGUUCUCUGUGGGGGCCGACUGAGGAGGCUGGGUGUCCGUGGCUGGCGGCUGGGCUCGACGUCCGUCUUCUCGUCGCGGUUUUCAGGAAGAGCUAAAGAUGGCUGAAUUUCUAGAAGACCAGAGCACUCAGCUGUGUGACAACUGCAAAAAAGAUAUUCCUGUGAUUAACUUUACCAUCCAUGAGCUCCACUGCCGAAGGAACAUUGGUAUGUGUCCUGUCUGCAAGGAACCAUUUCCCAAAUCUGACAUGGAGACUCACAUGGCCACAGAACACUGUCAGGUCACCUGCAAAUGUAAUAAGAAGUUGGAGAAGAGGCAGUUAAAGAAGCAUGAGGAGACUGAGUGUCCUCUACGGCUUGCCCUUUGCCAGCACUGUGAUUUGGAACUUUCUGUUCUCAAACUGAAGGACCAUGAAGAUUACUGUGGUGCCCGGACAGAGUUAUGUGGCACUUGUGGGCGCAAUGUCCUGGUGAAAGAUCUGAAGACUCACCCUGAAGUUUGUGGGAGAGAUGAGGAGGAAAAGAAAGAUGAGGCUGACGUGCCUCCUAACGCAUAUGAUGAGUCUUGGGGUCAAGAUGGCAUCUGGAUUGCAUCCCAGCUCCUCAGACAAAUCGAGGCUCUGGACCCACCCAUGAGGCUACCCCGAAGGCCCCUGAGAGCGUUUGAAUCAGACCUUUUCCGUAAUAGGACUACCAGCCAAAGGAGCACGACAGCCCCGUUUCUAGUUCAGAAUAAUCUGUUGGAAGAACAAGAAAGGCAGGAAAGGAAUAGAAGCCGACAGCCCCGCAAAGAGGUGGGGGAAGACAGUGCAGACUUGGACUUCAUGUUGGCCCUAAGUCUGCAAAAUGAAGGCCAGGCCCCCCGGGUGGCAGAGCAGGACUUCUGGAGGAGCAUAUGGGAGGCGGACCAGUCCCGUGGAGGUCCCAGUACCCUGAAUGACAUAAAAGGUGCAGCUGACGACACCAUGUUGCCUUGUGAAUUUUGUGAGGAGCUCUACCCAGAGGAGCUGCUGAUUGACCAUCAGACAAGCUGUAACCCUUCAUGUGCCUUACCUUCACUCAAUGUGGGCAGCCCUUCCCCUAAAGGGGUGGAGGACCCUGAUGUCAUCUUCCAGAAAUAUCUGCAGCAGGCUGCAAGUAACCAGUUAGACUCUUUGAUGGGCCUAAGCAGUUCACCCCCUGUGGAGGACAGCAUCAUCAUCCCAUGUGAAUUUUGCGGGGUACAGCUAGAAGAGGAGGUGCUAUUCCAUCACCAGGACCAGUGUGACCAACGCCCAGCCACAGCAAACAACCAUGUGACAGAAGGGAUUCCUAGACAGGAUUUCCAGCCUCGAGAGACCUCACCAGAGCUGCCCAAGAGGCGUGUCAGACACCAGGGAGACCUAUCCUCGGGUUACAUGGAUGAUAUCAAGCAGGAAACGGCUAACGGGCCCGCCUACCCUCUUCCCCCCAGCAGACCCAUUAACAAUAUGACGGCUGUGUGUAACCGACUAUCAACAUCCGCCUCCGGCUCCAGGCCUGGGUGCCAGCCCAGCCCGCCUCGUGUACUGAAGCUCAAUAACUUAGACAGCCAGGACAUCCGGGGGCGGAAUCGAAACAGCCAGAAUGGGGCCAUGGCCACUGGGCAUAUUCCAGUGAUGCGCUCUGUUCGAAAUCUCUACCCAGAAACCCUUGUGCCCCCGUUCCCCCGUGGGCCUUCGGGGAGAUACGGAGCAAGUGGGAGGAGUGAAGGUGGCAGGAACUCCCGGGUCACCCCCGCAACCGCCAGCUGCCGCAGCAGAACUGCAAAGGCAAAAACUCCCAAGCAGCAAGGAGCUGGGGAUGCCGAGGAGGAAGAGGAGGAGUAAUGGUGUCUGUGGAGAGGCCGCGCGUUGGCUCCAUCUCUGCACAGCAGCACUUGCCACGGUGCGGGCCCUGCCCCCGGCUCUCUGGGCAGGGGAGACUUACAGAUUUUAACUUUUUCUAGGUUGCGGCCAUUUUGUGUCUUUCGAGACUGUGCUGUGGGAGUUUGGGGGUUUGAGGGAGGGUUAACAGAGAGGCUGUUGAGAAAUAUUUCAGCUUUAGCUGCUGGCUUUUAGCAGCACAGAAUACAAGCCGUGGCCUCUCGGCCCACCAGGGCUCCAUCUUUUGACGUACUGUCACCACUGCUGCUUGGUGCUGUGUGGUCCUGGUGGAGGAGAGAGUUCUGGAAACGUGGUACUAACCAGUGAAGUGCUUCUUUUCCCUGUGGGGGCCUAAAUUUGGAAACUUUUGGGUAAGCUCUCGUGCGUCCUGUCUCCGUACUCGAGCGUUUGGGCCUCUGUUGUGUGGAGGAGCUCUGAUGGCGCUCAGGACAGACUCAGGAGCGGGCGUUUGCAGAUGCGUGGAGCUGGAGCCGAGUGGCCUGGGGCUUUGAUUUAAUCUCUGCUUUGGCGUGUGGCUUCACUGCCUUGUUUCUGGUGGAGCGCGGGCUCCAGCGUCUUCACUGCGUCCUGUGGAGAAGGCCGGGCGCCCUGUCCCUGCCAGGGCCAUGCUGGGCUCUGCCCUGCUCAGGACAGGGGCUUACCCUCCAUGGCUUGCUCUGAAAACCAAAUAUCAGAGCCUCUCCCCCUCUUUUUAUUUUACUAUUAUUAUUAUAAUUAAUAACAUCCUUGUAAUAGAAAUAAAGUUUGUACUUGGAGUUCA